AGAAAAUAAAAGCCGCACAAAAACAGCUGUUCAGUUUGUAUCACGCAACAACGAUGAGUCUACUGGUGUCGGCUUUCCAGCGCGGUGUCCGCCGUUUGCCAAGAUGUGUCAGUGUAAUCCACCAGACGUGUCCAGAAUCUGCACAUCAACCACUUCCCGGUGGCAUAACCGUCGAACGCCGGGUUAAUCCCAUUUUUCGGAGACACCUCAGCUCAAUGAACCCGAACGAUUUCAUUGCGGUUUCCUUGAUCGAUUCCAUCACCUUCGAAGCGGUUUGUUCCGACACGCUGGAGUCCUUAUGCGAUUAUUUCGAGCAGCUGGUUGAAGAGGCAGCCUUCCUAAAAUCGGCCGAUAUCACAUAUGGGGACGGAGUGCUGACGGUAAACUUUGGGGAGCCUUAUGGGACCUACGUUAUCAACCGGCAAUCGCCAAACCGACAAAUUUGGCUGAGUUCCCCGAAAAGUGGCCCUAAGCGAUACGACUUCAUUCCGGACAAAUCCAAGGUCAACGAAGGCUUCUGGCUGUACAAACACGACGGAGUUUCACUGCAUGAGCUGCUCCAGAAAGAGAUUGGGGUGAUUGUGCAAAAGGAGGUGGAUUUCCUGUCGCUUCCUCACAGUAAACGGUUGGAUAAUUGAAGGAGUUUUGCGGCAAAAUUGUCGCCAUUAGCAUUAAAUAGAGAUGUUCUUUAAUUUCAGACUCAGCAAAGCUAAAGUACUGAUUAAAUAAUGAUUUUUGAUAGAAAAGUA